AUGCAUAUCUUGUGUUUUGAACAUGGCAGGUUUUGGCUGGUGAUCAAUGAGAAGGGGAACAUGGUUACAGCUCGACAGGAGCCUCGUCUGGUCCUGAUUUCCCUGACUUGUGAGGGUGAUGCCCUGACUCUCAGUGCAGCCUACACGAAGGACCUGCAGUUGCCCCUCAAGACACCGGCCACGAAUGCGGUGUGCAAGUGCAGAGUGCACGGCCUGGAGAUCGAGGGCAGGGACUGUGGGGAGGCGGCAGCCCAGUGGAUAACUAGCUUCCUGAAGACGCAGCCGUAUCGCCUGGUGCACUUUGAGCCUCACCUGCGACCGAGAAAUUCUCACCAAAUAUUGGAUGUGUUCCGGCCCACCGACCAGAUUGCGUACUCAGAUACCAGCCCAUACUUGAUCCUUUCUGAGGCAUCGUUGGCAGAUCUCAAUUCCAGGCUGGAGAAGAAAGUUAAAGUGACUAACUUCAGGCCCAAUAUUGUAAUUUCAGGGUGUGGUGUCUAUGCAGAGGAUUCGUGGGAUGAGCUGCUUAUUGGCGACGUGAUAAUGAAAAGAAUAAUGGCUUGUUCCAGGUGCAUUUUAACCACGGUGGACCCAGACACCGGCGUCAUGAGCAGGAAGGAGCCGCUGGAGACCCUGAAGAGUUAUCGUCUGUGUGACGCUUCUGAGCAGAAGCUGUAUGGAAAAUCACCUCUCUUCGGGCAGUAUUUUGUUCUGGAAAGCACAGGGACCAUCAAAGUGGGAGACCCUGUGUACCUGCUGGGCCAGUAGUAGGAGUCACGUCCUAGAAUGUCAGGUACCUUUGAAGAAAUGUCCUCAAAAAUGCCAACACUGGAAGCAAAGUUCUGGAACUGAUACCUCAGCAUUUCCUUUAGGUCUGUGACUUCCAAGCAUUUCGUCUUUUGGACUUCCUGGUGCCUCAGUGCCCCCUAGUGCGUUGGUACAGGGCAAAGAAAUACAGUCGUGGUAACUUAAGAGGACUUCAGUAAGCCACUUAAAUGACAAGAUACAAUUCUGAAACCCCCUGUGUAACUGUGACUGUGGGAUUCCUGCUCCUUCUUUUCCAUUUACCUAUCCAGAGGGCUAACCUCCAUAAUCUCAUUACCACCC